CGACCUUGAGUCUAGUUUACGCCAAAAUUAAAAUUAGAAGAAAAAAUUAAAAGAAAAAGAAAAAAAAAUCACUAUAAAAACCAACCCCUCCAUUUCUACUUCUUCACCCUUCUUCCCCAAAUCUCCCCCAAAUUCCAUCCAUGGAGAAUCUCACCUUCCUCAAAAAUGGCGUUCUCCGAUUACCCCCCGGCUUCCGCUUCCACCCCACUGACGAGGAGCUCGUCCUCCAAUACCUCAUCAAAAAAGCCCUCUCCUCCCCUCUCCCCGCCGCAGUCAUUCCCGACGUCGAUGUCUGCCGAUUCGACCCAUGGGAUUUACCAGGCGAUUUAGAGAGGGAGAGAUACUUUUUCAGUACAAGAGAAGCUAAAUACUCUAAUGGAAGAAGGUCUAACAGAGCCACUGGUUCUGGGUAUUGGAAAGCAACUGGAAUUGAUCGGAAAAUUGUUUCUUCAAAGGAGAAUCGAUUGGUAGGGUUUAAAAAAACCCUCGUUUUCUACACUGGAAAACCUCCUAAUGGCUUAAGAACUGAUUGGGUUAUGCAUGAGUAUCGCCUUGUGGGAAGUUCAGAACCUCCUCCUUCCACUUUUACUGACGGACAACCCAUCUUGAAUGGUAACUGGGUUUUAUGUCGGAUAUUUUUAAAGAAAAGAAGCACAAGGGAAAGAGAUGAGAAGAACAUCUGUAAGCCAGUUUUCCAUCAGUUUCUAAGAACAAGAAAUGAGACUGAUUUGAAUCUUGCUCCAUGUUCUUCAUCCUCUGGAUCAAGUGGAGUUACAGAGAUUUCAGUAAAUAAUCAUCAAGAACAAGAAGAAACUAGCAGCUGUAAUAGUUUUAGAAAGAGAUGAUAAGAUCAUAGAUAAAAAAAAAAAGGCAUUAGCUUUUACUAGUUUGUUUUUUAAAAAGUUCUAUGGCUUAUAAGAAAUCUCUUGUCCAUCCUCUGUUGUUUAUCUCUCAGUCUUUAUUCUCCUUCAAUUUCGUUUUCUAUACAUUAAUCCAACAAAAUAAAAUACACACUCGCUAA